GUGACAGAAAACAUGGCUGCGCUCUUGAGAUCAGCCCGGCUGCUCAAGUUUUCUCCUUCGUCUUUGUUUCUUUUCACAGGGACCAAAAGAAAUGGGCCGCCGUUGGGUCGGCUCUACAGCGGGGCUGUCAGAACCAGCCGGACUGGAGUUUGUUCUGUCUCUGACAAGACGUCCAGUUGUGUGUGGCCGUAUGCCACGGGGUGUGUGCGUAACUACACCGUAGCCACAGAUCCCAAGGAUGAAGCAAGCACCGUGGUCCAAUCCAAGCAAGCGCAGCAGUUUGACUGGGCCCUGACGAAACUGGACAGCUCAGUGAGGAGGACUGGACGCAUUACCAAGACUUUGCUGCUCCGCCUCUUCCAUGAUAUCAGCCGCACAGGUUAUCCCAGUGGUAACCAGGCCUUGUUGCUGCUGCGUAGCUGUGGGUCUCUGCUGCCUGAGGUGCCACUGGAGGAACGCACCGAGCUGGCACACCGGAUAUGGGAGAAGCUACAGGAGAUGGGUGCACAGUAUGAUGUGAGCCACUACAACGCCUUACUGAAGGUUUACCUCCAGAAUGAGUUCAAGUUUACCCCCACUGACUUUCUGGCCAAGAUGGAAGCAGCGAAUGUUCAGCCUAACAGAGUUACUUACCAGAGACUAAUAGCCGCCUACUGUGAAAAAGGAGAUAUUGAAGGAGCCAGCACUAUCUUGGGUUUCAUGAAGAGCAAAGAUUUGCCUAUCACUGAAGCCGUGUUCAGCUCCCUGGUGACGGGCCAUGCCCGUGCAGGCGACAUGGAGAGUGCUUCAAAUAUCCUGUCUGUGAUGCGAGGUGCAGGAAUUGAACCCAGUCCUGACACCUAUGUGUCACUACUGAAUGCUUAUGCAGAGAAGGGUGACCUGGAAAAUAUGAAAAAGAUUCUGGAUGCAGCUGAGAGUGCAGACUGCACUCUGAUGGACAGGGAUAUCAUGCAGGUCAUCUUCACUCUGGCCAAGGCAGGACACCAGCAGCACAUACCAGAAAUGAUUGAACGCCUGAGGCAUGAGAGGGGUUUCGUACCAGAUGCCAUGAAUCUGUGUCUGAGCCUCAUCACCCAGGGGCAGGAGGACACAGCUUUUAGCAUGCUGAAGACUUUCCCCACCCUCCAGUCUGAUAACAAUGACGCCUCCGGUCUAGGCAACUUCUUCCUAAGACACUGCAUCCACAUGGACACGCCACUGGAGAAGCUCGUCCACUUCUGCAAAAGGCUUGAGGAGUUAAAUCUGCAUAAUGCUCCACUCACCUUCACGCUGUACUGUGCUCUCGGGGCCAAGAAGAUCGAUACAUCGUUUACAUUGAUGAAACUACUUAAGGAGCAGAACUUACCCAUAAGACCUCAUUACUUCUGGCCUCUUUUAACCCAGCCUUUGAAGGACAAAAACACAGCUGUUAUGUUGGAGGUGGCAAAAGGCAUGCAGGAGCUUGGCGUGGCCCCUGAUGUCGAGACUUUAUCCAACUACAUCAUCCCUGUCUUCCCCAACGCCCAGGCGGCUCGAGAGGCUCUGGAGGGUGCCGGCAUUACCAUGUCUGAGGGACUCUUGUGCUCAGAAAUUCGCGUGAAGGCUGCGACCAACCUGGCCGAAGCGCACACCCUGUUGUCGGAUUCCUCUUUCCCUCCUCUGGACCUCAAUACUUUCCGCGGCAGCCUCAUCGCAGGCUUCAGAAGGUCAGACGAUGUGGAGAGCAUGGCCAAGAUUACUGGGAUCUUGUACAAAGAUGAGCGGUUUUCCCAGAAGCCUGCAGAAUCGACGUCUUACUUCCUGUACAAUCUGAUCGACAACAUGCCGAAGGCGCAGGUUCAGGCGCAGGAAGACAAACUGCGGAGUUUCUUCAAUAAGCUGCAUGAUCAGAACAUUUUCAUUUCUCUGAACAUCUACAGAGGAAUUAAGAACCUUCUGGAGUCCUACAACACACCCACACUCAUCAAGGAUGUGAUUGCUUUGGUUGAACCCAAAGACAGACUGUCCAGUGACGGCGCGUCAGCUACUCCCCGUGUCACCGGAACUGAGGCCAAAUUGUUGGCGCUUGAGGCUAAAUUGGCUGAACUGAAAGCAGAGAACAAACCAUUAGGCUCUGUUUUCAAACAAACCAUCCAAACGCUGAGUGCUGAGGAGAACCUGCAGCGUGCCCUUGAGCUCAAGCAGCAGAACGAAGAGGAGAUGACAGUCGGCAGCUACGCGAUCCUCAUCAACCUGUGUUGUCGCCUUAACAAUGUGGAGGAGGCGCUCAACCUGAAGAGGGAGUUGAGCCGCAAGGACUCAUCGGUAGCACUGGAUGCUAAUAAAUACAUCGCACUCCUCAAGACCCUCGCUGUAAAUGACAGAAUGGAGGAGGCCAUGGACGUCCUGAAGGAGAUGAAGGAGAAGGACGUGAUGUUGAACGAUGCAAACAACACCUCCAUCUUUCACUUGCUCAGUGCCGUGGCGGCCAAGGGCAACAUCCCCGACGUCCGGCGGUUGCAGGACACCAUUUUCACCCUCGGACUGGCCAAACCCACUGCCAAUCUCUGCUCACCUGUGGUUACUGCUUACCUGGACAGCAAGGACGUCAGCGGAGCUCUUGAAGCAGCGCUGGAGUGUCAGAAGCUCUACAACCAGCUGCCCCGCAUCCAUGACGUCAUCGUUGCUCUGGUGGAGAAAGGAGAUACAGAUUUACUGCAAAAAGCUAUGGACUGCAUCAGUCAGGAGCGAGGAGAGAGGACCAUGCUGUACGACCUGUUCUUUGCAUUCCUACAAACGGGUCGUUACCGCGAAGCUCGUAAGAUCAUUGAGACCCCUGGCCUGAGGGCAAGGCCUGGAUCCCUGCAGUGGUACGCAGAGAAAUGCAUCUUGUCCAACCAGAUGGAGGCCUUGGAGCAGAUGGUGGAAAUGACAGCCAAGCUCUUUGAGUGCGACAGAGAUGAGAUGUACAGUUACGUCCUCAAGCUUUGCAAGGAGAAAAAUGACUGGAAGAAGGCAGAAGCCAUGUGGACAAAGAUGCAGGAAGAGAACAUCAUUCCUCGGGAGAGGACUCUACAUUUGCUGGCAGAGAUCCUGAAGAAUAAUGGCCAGGAGGUGCCUUUCGAGGUGCCUGAGACAUGGUACGAACAGACCGCCGCUACCAGCACCGGCACCCCCCCACAGCAAGGUCACUCUCCACCAGCCGCCACGGCAGAAGAGAUCGGUGCUGGUUACCAAUACCGUCUGCUGGCUCUCUGUAAGAAGGGCAAAGCCAAAGAAGCAUACGGCGUGCUGAAGGAAGCUGAGAAAACGGGCUUGGCACUAAACCCCUCCCCUUACGAUCACCUGAUCCGUGCUCUCAUGGCUGAAGGGUCUCUGGAGGAUGCUAUGGUAGUCAAGGGAAUUGCUGAGUCUCAUCUGCCAGGGUUCAAGCUGAGCGAUAUCGCCGUCAGUUUGCUUCUCAUCUCAUACUGCAAGAGAGGCCAGGUCAAAGAUGCUCUGGAGAAACUGAAGUCUAUGCUUCAGGUGGAUCAGGUGCCCUCCAAACUGGCCAUCACCAGGAUAGUUCAGGGCCUGGGUGAACAUGGUGAUGUAGCAGGGAUCCAAGAAGUGGAGUCACUAAUUAAGAAUCUUGGCACAACCUUCAACCUGUCCAGCAUGCUGUUUGUUAAUAACGCAGCCCUCGCACACAUCAAAAAUGGUGACAUGGACUCAGCGGUGGAGUUGUUUGAGGGAUUGUACACGAGUCCAAACAGCACAAAUCCGAGCAUGUCCUUUGUCUUCAGAAAAGUCCUGGAAUCUGGAAACGACAAAGUGCUAGACAAGCUGAGUGCCAUGGCGGAGCGGCUGGCCAACCACUUUGCCUGCUACAGACCGGCCUCAGAUCUCUUCCUCCAGCUGCUGGAUACAGACAAAGUCGAGGAUGCCAAAUUCAUGCUGGCCCGCUGUAACGGCGUGGCUGAACAGAAGGAAGUGUUGAUGUCUUAUUUGUCGCAAAAGGCUCAGAUCUCUGGACAGGUUGGAAAGAUCAAGAACCUGAUGAGCUUAAUUCCUGACUUUGCGGAGAAGGAGGUGCUGUACGCGUACCUGAUGAAGAGUCACGUCCUGGAUAAGGACUUGACGUCAGCCAAGGCUUUACACAAGCAGAUGCAGACGGAAGGGAUCGCUGUGGACGAGCUGUCACUCAAACGACUGGCCACGCUUUACCACGACGCCGGAGAGCCGGUGCCCUUCUCCGAGCCCCCCGAGUCCUUUAAGUUUUAUGCAGACAAGCUGAAAGAGAAAGCUGCGAAAUCCCAGAUGACAGCACAAGAAUAAAGAUUCCUCGUCCUCUCUUCACACCUCCAUGCAGGAUCCCCCCCGUUUUCAUUUUUUCUCUUUUUAUAAGUUGUUCGAGCUAAAAUGUUGAGUAUUGUGCUGUAACUUUUGGAUAUUAAAAUUCUGCCACCUGCAAUAUCGAUACUGUUGAUGAGAAUGUACAGAAGUAUUUAUGAUGAUAAUAAUAGAUGAUGAUGGGUAAAUCAAAA